AUCGACGGCGCGACGAUGAAGAGCGAACUACUCAAGCUCUGCCUGCUCGUGCUCGUGUCUACGGGGAUCACGGUGGUCAUGGAGCCGAGGGAGCACGUCCCGCUGGAAAACCCCGGACACUCGCAAGAUUUCAACGAUGCCUUCGGCAUGUGCCUGUCAAAGAAGGAGCACGGCAUGUUCGAGUGCGUGAACCGCGCCAUCCUGAGUGCUCUGCAGUCCUUGAACGACAAGGACAGCUUGGAGUUCGGCAAGGUGAGGCUGGACCGAGCGGAGGGCUACGGCAGGGACCUCUUGGACCUGGACUACGACCCGAAGGACUUUGGGAACGUCGUGAAGGCCGCGGCCAGACUGAUGGAGCGGCGGAACGUCAAGUGGAACUUGGAUCAUCUGUACCCCGGCUUGCAGAUGCGCGUCGGUCCGAUGUUGAACGGCGAGGGAGUGCUGGAAUUCGUCCUUAACGAAAGGACUGCUUCGUACAACGACAGGCAAGCUGGCCCGGGUAAGCAGCUCGCGCGGCACGUACUGCUGCCGUUUCUCUUAGGUUUCAAGUUCAAUUUGGCUUCCCUGAUCCCGCUCAUGUUCGGCUUCCUGAUGAUCGUCACGAAGAAGGCGCUGCUAUUGACGAAGGUGGCGUUGUUCGUGAGCGGCCUCCUAGGAUGGAACACGCUCUUCUCCGCAGCCUCGGCUCCGCACCCGCCGAACGGGUUCAACGGCUUCCACACUUACGCGCACGAAAUACCGAUAGACACGCACUACUAUCACGACCAUUACUUCCCGCAUCGGCCUUACAGAACACUACCGCCGUCGGAAUUCAGUCCUUACGAUCAGCACGUCAUCCGGGAGGUCGUGAACGUUUACGACGGCAGCGGCGAUCUGGAGCAGGGCAAGCAGAACACGAAGAACUUUGCUUGGACCAAGAAUAUUUAUAAUGACCCUCAUUAUGAGUUCACUGUCGGUUUCAAGGUAUAUUUGUCCACCGGCGGCAAGGGCACAGACGAGGAAGAGAAUCCGACGAGAGAGCUCGGGCGCGGACGCGUGCGAACGACACCGUCGACUAUGAUGGGCAAGCGACGCUCGACGAUCUGGAUCUUGCGUGUCCUUCAGCUUGCGUUGUUCUGCAACUUGGUGUCUGGCAAAAGUGAGUACACGAAGCUGUUCGAGAGGUGCACGAACGAGAAGAACACCUUCGACUGCUUCAAACGGCGCGCCCUGGAUAUCCUCGACUCGGCGAUCAGCGACGACUCCGUGUACAAGAUCAACAAUUACAUCUCGAUCACCAAGGACUCGGCAGCGUCCACUGCGAGAAGCCAAGAUCCGGCCACGUCCGAGAAUGCCACGGAACUGAGCCUCGAUCAGAAGCUGGAUAACAAGUUCUACGAGUAUCUGUCGUCCAGGAGCCUGAAGCUCACGAUACCCGGCAAUGCUUUCGAAGGAAGAAGGAAAAAAAACAGAGGUUUUGGAUAUCUGUUAAUGGCGGGCGCCGUGUUAGCAGGAAUGAUGGCGCAACUGGCUUACGGGAAAAUAGCUUUCCUCGCCGGAACGGCGUUACUGACGGCGAAGAUGGCACUGGUGUUGAGCGCGAUAGUCGGCUUGAAAAAGCUCGUAUCGAGCGGAGGUGGUGGUCAUGAAGUGAUCUACGCGACAGCGUCGGAGCAUCACGGCGGUGGUGGCGGAUACGGCGGCGGUGGUGGUUACGGUGGCUGGCAACGAGCAAUGGAAGUAGUUCCGCCCACCUGCGUCGCGAGCCAGCCGCGAGAAAGCAGCGUCCUGCGUACGACACGUGUCGCCAAGAUGUCGCCGAUCAGAAAUCCGUCUAAGUGUGUGCUGCUGCUGCUGUUGUCAGCUUGCGCCGUUACCAUCGUCACCGUCCAUGCCGUCGCCGAGGACGAGGCCGGCUUCCUCGACAGAGGUUAUCGCGCGCUCUAUCGCGUCUACGAGGAGUGCCAACACCGCAACAUGGCGGUGUCGCCGUGUCUGAAGAAGAAGGCGAUCUCCUUCUUCGAGAGGCUCGGCCGUAUACAGAGCUUACCGCUCGGCGAGAAUCUGGAGCUCGUGCGGGUCGCGCCCGUGACGGACGACGGCUCGCGUAGCGCGACCUCCGACCUGGAGACAACCUUGGCGCGUAACGGUGGCGGCGGGGCCGCCGACGAGAUCCUCAACGACAUCCUGUUCGAGCGUGUGGCCGCGCUCAUGAACAGCUUCAAUGUGCGAAUCAGUUUGCCCAAGACCUCGUCGGGUGAGCUGAAGCGCAGCGUCGAGGAGGGCCGCGGCAAGAUGAAGAAGAUGAUGGGCAUGAUGAUGAUGGGCAUGGCGAUGAAGAUGGCCGCCAUGGUGCCGAUCGCCAUGGGCGUGCUGUUCCUCUUGGCCGGCAAGGCCCUCAUCAUCAGCAAGAUCGCCUUGGUGCUGUCGCUGAUCAUCGGCCUGAAGAAGCUGCUGAGCCAAAAGCAGGGUGGCGACCAUCACGGCGGCUGGCAGCAGGGUGGUGGCGGUUGGGACAGGAGCCUUAAGGGCACGCCGGUGCCGUCGAUGACGGAAGCCGAGCGCGAAUACGCGCAGACCCUGGCGUACAGCGCGCGACAGAAGCAUUGAGGGUGGACCUUCUGAGGCUGAUGGAGGAGAUCCUCGAGGAGGCAGGCAGCGGCCUAUGCGUAUACGAGGGAGCGGACGAGACGCGCUGCUUUUUCCGGAGAAAAAACUGUUCGCGACGACACGGAGUCUUGUUCGUUGACGAGGGCGAAUCGUCACGGCUCGAAGGCGCUCGUAGAGUACAGCGGUUUGGCGCGCGUCGCGUAUAUCGUGAGUUAGGAAAGAGAGAGAGAGAGAGAGUGUGUGUCACGACGAAGACGCAACGACGCACCCAUGUCGAAGAUAUUGACACCUUCGCUACCGGCGUCACGUUGUGUGACGCAACGACCUCUCACCGGGGACCUGCGUCAUGCUUAUUUAUUCACUUAUUAACGGCAGUAAAAUCCGUUUUCAGUAAAAAAAAAACAUAACGUGGAGAAAGGGACCGAAUAUAAAAGGUACAAACACGAAAUCAAUUGAUGAAGUAAAGCAGAAUGAAAUAGAAGAAGUUGCACCGAGAAAAUAACACUCGGAAAUUUAGGAAUGUAGAGUUUAUUUUUUUUUUCGUGAAAUAAAAUUUAUUUCUGCGAAAUAAGCUUUUAUCCCGCAGAAAUAAACCUUCUAGUAUCUCUUUUUCUCCGUGUAUACUCGUAUAGAAGACAUUUUUUGUGCGAGUGUCUUUCUUCAUGUUCACAUAUUAUCAAGCCUGUGUUUUCUGAGUUUGUGUCUUGCACGAUUACAUAAAAAGAGAAAUACGAAGUGAUCCGCGGGAGGAGUUCUCCGAGUAAGUGCCGACAGCGAAGGUGUCAAUGAGACAUGUACGCGCAGAAAAGAAAUUUCAGACGAAUAUAGGAAGGAGGACUGGAAUGAACGAACUGUCUCAGCGGUCGUGCGAAUUUUCGAGAGGCCUGAGAUCGCUUCCCGGAUGAUCAGUCGGACUCUUUUUCCGGAUUAACGGUGCCUGCGCGCGUUGCGAAGCGCCGACGUGGUUUCUCCGUUUGACGCGACGUGCGCGAUUUGCAUUAAGGCGUGAAAUUAAAAACGGAGGGGGAAAAGAGAAAAGAGAAGAACAAGGGGAAACGGAAGACACCGCGUGAUGCGCGGACGCGAAACAACAGGAGCCGCGGCGACAGAUGUUCGCAUCUCUCUUGCCGGCUGCCCCGGCAAAAUAAACCAUCGAAAUGAUAGCGAGAGAGUCAUUUCCACACACGCGAGUUUCUAACGGUGCACGGGCGCUUUUCUUUUUUCUUCUUCUUCUACUUCUUCUUGCUCGUACCGACACAAUCGGGACGCGAUCAGCCUCGAAGCCGAGCUCCGGGAAAACGGCGGGAACUGUCGCGUCGUCGUUUCUAUGUUAUCGUCAGCCGAAUUUACAGUCAUUUCUCACAGCGCGCGCCAGAGAUAUAUUCAUAUUUAUUUAUUUAUUUAUUCGUAGCAUACAUCACACGCACAUAACGCGUGUUAGUCGGCGGUGUACUUACUUGGACGAUAGGCGCUCGUGGAUUCACUAUACGUACAGAGAAGUGUCGUUCUGCCGCUGAAAAACGCGAUCACUCGCGUUUACUCGUCUUCUUUUCAGUUAUACUUAUCUUCAGCAAGGAAGAUUUUCCCCUUUGGUGUAAUAGUCUUAAAAUAUACUUGUUGUAAUUCCAGAGAAGUUCAUUGUCAUGCAUUCAACAAAAGAAUUUGUUUCCCUCACGAGGAUUGACGAGAUUUUUCACUAAAGAAGGAGUUGAGGUUUGACUCUGAGCAAGUGAACCGAAGUUUUAUUUUAAUUCAAUAUUCUCGAUAAUGCUAUCAACGCUACACUUACUAGGAUUCGGAAUGUAUAUUAAAUAAAUGAAUUGGAUGCUUAAGACGAACUUGUGAUCAAUAUAUCAACUCAUGAAAUACUUGAAACAGGUAAUAGCGUUUACUUGAACGCAGUAUGUGUAUCUUUCUGUACGCGAGAUAUUUCUUCGCGUAGCGAUUGGGAGAAACAUUCGAACACUCGCCGAGGCGAGUGUAUCUGAAUUCGCAUUGUCAGGGUGUGAUCGUGUAUUCAGUAAACUACACUGAGAAAAAGACGUUUGAACAUUUAUUUAUGUGUAAAAGUUGAUUUCUCACGAGAAUAGAUUCUCUCACAGAAAUGUGAAGUUUAAAAUUUAUUAUUUAAAAUUUAAAUUUCGUUUCAGAAAUCUUAAACCUAUUUCACGCAAAUGAACUUUAUAUCCCACAAACAAAUUCUCAGGUAUUCUUUUCUCAGCGUACACUGAGAAAAAGAUACUUGAAUAUUUAUUUGUGUAGAGUAAAAAUUUAUUUCAAAUAAAUUUAAUUAAUAAAUUGUGGAAUAAAUUUAUUACAAAUAAACUUUAAUUUUCAGAACUUUAUCCUACAUAAAUUUUCAGAACUUUAUCCUAAAUUAAACUUUAUGGCCCAAUAAAUUUUUAGGUAUUUUUUUCUCAGUGUAAGAACGACGACUUAAAGCGACAAGAACGCAAGAAAGAACCACAGAAACAAAGACAGAUAGGGACCGCCAUUCGAGAGACGUUGGACACUAGCGAAUAAGAGGUUACUAAUUCCAUCCACUGUCAACAUUUAUUAAUUAAUAACUCAUAUACGUAUAACUCAUAUGUUACAUUCUAAGACGCAACGUUCAUUUCGUAAUGAUCAUGAUAAUGGGGGAUCCGCGCGGAUCACGUUCGUCGUGCGCAAGCGGCCAUCAUCUUACCCUGCGGACGUUGACGAAGAGUACUUCAACCUGACGCGCACCGUUCGAGGGUACGCGCGCACGGCGACGCGGCAUACGUGUAUUACGAGACGGCGUGCGCGAACGCGUGCACGUUCGACCCGAGAAGCGAUUAUAAAUUCGGCCUUGGUGCACACGCAGGCUUACUCCGUAUUUUGUCGGUGAUAAAACGACGAUACAAUUACAUUAGUCUAAGAUUUUAAAUUAUUACGAAAUAAAGUCAUCACGUCAUCCUCACA